AUGGUGCCAACGGCCAAAAAAGCGCCGGUAGCAAGCACGAUGGAGGUCGCGACCCCUGAGGACCUCCACACCUCCAAGGAGAAGCUCCGCGGCAUCGGCGAGGCGACCGCUCUCUUUUCAGAACCUGCUAGGGCAGAGGCCCUGUCCACCCUGGCGUCCCUCGAGGGGUCGCCAGGGCCCGCCGCGGCCCUGGCGAGGCCCGUGGGCGGCCUGCUCCUCAUCGACGCCUACGCCCUCGCGAUGGCCGGGCACGAGUCGCUCGCGCCGACGCGGGCGCUCCCGGCGCUGGCCACGCCGGAGACCAAGGCGAACUUCGUGAAGUACAAGCGCCGGAUGACCGCGUACAAGGCGGACGUGGAGCGCGCGCUUAAGCGGCGCUCGACGGCCGUUUCUCGCCGGAAGGACCCGGCGGAGGCCGACCGCGAACUCGACCAACUCGUGCGGCAGGCGCACCUCGACGUGACGGCGCAGCUGCGCGCGUUUGCCGAGGGUUUGCACCCGCGCCUCGGCGCCGACAGCGCCGUCCACCUCUUGGAGGGCUGCCGCGACGUCCUCGGCUUGAUCGCCGCCGAGGUGCGCGGCGCGCCUCCGCCGCGUGGGCGCGGCACGUCGCAGCUCCGGCAGGUGUCGCUGCUCCUCAACUAUGAGCGGCGGCGGCGGCAGCUGAGCGAGGCGCUCGCCGACGAGCGGCGUGUCGAGCUCGAGCUGGCGGCGCGCCGCCAGCAGGCCGCCGUCGACGCCGCGCUCGCCGACGAGCGGCGGCGCUCCGCUGCGGCGUACGCGAAGCUCGACGCAGCGCUGCAGGCGGAGCGGCAGGAGACUGGGCGGCUCUGCACGGAGGUGCGGCGGCUCAAGGCGGCGGCGCGCGAGGCCGAGACUGCGGCGGAGCUGCGGUGCCGCAGCCAGGAGAAGGAGGCCGCGGCGCACUUUGGCUCCAUCGCCUCAGAGGCCGAGCGGCGCGCCAAGGUCGCCGAGGCGCAGCGGGACGACGCGUGUGAGGAGGCGGCGCAGCUGCACGGCCUCUUCGCGCAGCUAGAGGACCAGCUCGACGCGCUGCGCUCGAUGCGCGUCUCGGGGCUGCUCGAGCAGCUGCAGGCGAGCACGCGGCGCAUCACCGAGCUCAGUGCGCGGCGCAAGGUGACGCAGCGCAAGCUCUCCGACGUGAACCUCGUCGAGCGCAACCUGGCGGUGUCGCAGCGGCUGCUCUCGGAGGAGCGGGCGGCCCGCGCGAGCUUGUGGCGCGGAGACGCGACGGCAGAGAAGCUGGAGGCGGUGGAGGCGCAGUGCGCCAAGCUGCAGGCCGAGCUUGAGGCGGCGCAGGCCGAGGCCGCAAAGUUCAAGGCCAUCGCCGAGCCCACCAAGGCGCGCUUCAAGCUGGGCAACCACUUCAACGCCGAGACGGAGCUUGCGUGCAUCUCGGUGAUGCACCUCGGCAUCGCGCGGCAGAAGAUCCCGAAGCUGUUCCCGAUCUUCGCGCGGCUCUUGGGGGUCAAGCUGCCGUACCGCGAGAUCAAGGUCCCCGGCCCGAUCGUGGACGGCAAGCGCACCUCCGUCGUCAAGCGGCUGCCAGAGACGCCGCAGGCGACGCACUGCAAGGAGCUGGCGGGCGUCUCCUACGAGCUCAACAAGCUCCAGGUCGGCCAGUGGCUGCUGGAGUUCAUGAACUCGGAUGAGUCCUCGUGCUGCUACAUCGCCGACGGCGCCGAGGCGCAGCAGAUGGAGCGCAUCGGCACCGUCCUCUCGCGGCGCGUCAACGGCAAACUCGAGCUGCGCGCCCUCGAUUUGUCGACGGCCUCGAGCAAGACCGCCGAGGCGCAGGCGUCGGCGUACCACGAGUCGAUCGAGGAGGUCAUCAAGCUCAUGGAGGAGGCCGGCCUCGCGGAUGCGCGCGCGGCGGAGCUGCUGCGCCGCUUCCUCCCCACGUGCGCGUGCAACGACCGGGCGUCUACGGCGCGGCUCGCUGCGCGGCUGGUCCUCGGGCUGGGCGAGGGCGACGACGACCCGACCUGUGCGGAGCACGCGCUCGUCAACAUCCUCGAGGAGGGGCGCAAGGCGAUGGACGCCAUCCUGCGCGAGCUGAUGAACUUCACCGACGAGCAGGCCGCGGCGCACGCCGACAAGAUCAAGGCGAUGCGGACCUGCGUCGGCUGGUUCAGCUCGCCUGUGAGCAAGUACGUCGCGCUCUGCUCGACCAAGGGCUACGCCAUCGGCCGCAAGCUGCAGGAGUGGAUGGAGGCGCGGCUGGCAGACCUCGAGGAGCAGCUCGAGCAUCUCGUGGGGCACGUGGAGGACGUGCUCGCGAUCUGCGGCUCGCGCGCGUACGUCUUCUACCUCGACGCGGCGCCGACGGAGCGGCUGCUCACUGAGCACGACAUCUCCAUGCUGACCUACCUCGACGAGGAUGAGAUGCUCAAGGCUGCCGGCGGCGGCAAGCUGCGCAAGUCUAUCCUCACCGGCGCGCGCUCGCCGCCCUGCAUGGCGGGGGUGCGCGCCAUGGCGCUGAUCUGCGACGCGGUGUUUUGGCCGCUGAUCCGCGCGGUCAAGCCAGCCGCGGACAAGCACGUCCUCGACGUGCUCCCGCGCGUGUGGCCGGCGGCGCACGCGUUUUUUGAGGCGGCCGCCGCGUCGCCCGCGGGCAUCGUCGACGGCUCGCUCAAGCUGCAGCUCGGCGACGUUUCGGCGGCCGCCACCGCCGCUACCGCGCCAACUCCAACGCAGGCGCGCCGCGCCGAGCGCCAUCGGUGCGCAUUCGCGCCGCAGCGGCCGACGACCCGAUGGUGA